UAACUUUCGUUAACGAAAAGCUCUAGGGUUCGAAUUAUUUAAUAGGAUGGAAAGAAUAGACCACCCGGCAGGUGGACAAUGUGAACCCGCGUUUCUCUAAAGGCAUAAAGGUGGACGACGAAGCCGUGUAAAUCGACUGAAAAGACAGCGUUGCCUCGCAGCACUUCGACAUCGUCCAGCUGUUUACUGGAGUGUUACACCGACUCUUGUCAGUCAAGCCCGAGACGAAACUUCCUCAGUGUCCCUCGAUGCCACUGUGGACGUCACAGUCAAUUGUGGGCUCGGGGGCCCUGCUCUCUCGCCCUCGCACAUUCGCCAGUCGUUGGACGCAUAUCAACCUCUUCCGACCUCCGGAGAUUCAAGGGCAGAAGGGUUUACGGGACACACUGAAUUUGGGUGGUGAGGAGAGCAAGGUUUGGCUUGGUUACCCUCAGGAUUCAAGGUGGAGAGCGCCAACUCCCACUUCUCACGAGAAAUCAAACCCCAGUGAGAUUUUCUUUUCUCCACAAUCCUCCGCGGGCUCAAAUUUUCCGAGAAGAAAACAGGUUUUGACGUCAUGAUUGCGUAAGAGCUGGCUCCAGUUGGUGGUUGAAUUGCGGAGAAUCAAACAAGGUUUGUGGGACUGCAUCGACAUUAAUUCCUCAACUGUGGAUUCGCGGUUCUCGUUUACCAUCUCGUUUGUUGAGAUUACGCUUUACGUGGAAAUAUUCUGUUCCCAAGGGGCUCUUGUCGCGAUCUUUGACGGAACUUCUUUCCCCACCAGCAGCGCCCGCUGAAAAGUCGGAACAGUCUCCUGUACUCCAGUACAGUGAUAGCACAAGUUUGCAUUUUUACAGCAUAUUCCGAAAUCUAGAUGCGCGAGGAAUGCUGCGAAGAAUCAUAAUUAUCACUCCCCAAGUGAGAAAUAUCGGCGGUUAUCUCUAGCCCUCCUUCUCCCAUUCGUUCAUCUUCCAAACGUACGAUUGAAGUCAUGGGAUAGAUAGUUCUUCAUCUCCCUUUUUUUCUUUUUCUUUCACAAAAUAAAAGGGUCAACUGUCUUCUUCGGUCAAAAUAAUAAUUUCCCUUCUUUACGAGCCUUCGUUGGAAACUGUUGCAAUUUCUUAACCCAAGGCACCCAAUUGAAACGACUUCUGCUGGACUUUUGAAGUGGACUUUCCUUGUCGCCUUACUGUCUUUCUUCGAAGUACUUCUGGCGUCGUUGUCAGUUCACGCUUUUCCUUCGAGAGCACCUUUGAGGCGAUGGACUCUGACUCUCAUUAGCCUCACUAACUUUUUUUUGCACCAUAACAAAUAAGGAGGUGAAAGAGCAGAAGUGGGAAAAAGCGGGACGACGUAGAAACUAACACUGAGGACAGACUAAUUAGGCAAAGUUUUAAUGACAUCCGAUCUGAUGCUUCAACUAAGCAUCGUGCUGACAUAUACAAAAAAAAUUUGAUUAGCACUUUAGAGAUUUGGUCAUAUUCCUCAUUUCUAGUCAACUAUAAAGAGUGACUAGAUUAGAGGAUACCCAAUUAUUUGAUCGCGAAACAAUACCAAUUUAGGAGACUAUAAAUCUGGC